AUGAAGGUGCUAGGAGCCACAAAGGGAGGUAGCAACGUUCUGAGGAUGAGUCGAAAAGGCGUACUGUUCAGUGCUUUGGUCGCUGCCCUUCUUGCUACCUAUCUGUGGUGGGUUCUGGGUAGCACAGGAACCCUGAUGAUGCAAACGGGGGCUAAAGACGGCGAGACCCACUUGGUAUCGUUCGACGUAGUUAGUGAGUUUUUCAGCGACGCAGGAAAUUUUUCAUGUCCUCAGGAACGCUACUUUACACGCGAGGAAAUUGCUCAACAUAUCACUCCUAACGAUUUGUGGAUUGUUAUUGAUUCAAACGUGUUAGAUGUAAGCGGAUUUGGAGAGAUGCACCCAGGUAGUGAAAUGAUGCUGUUGGAAGGUGCUGGAGGUCGGGAUAUGGCAGCUGUUUUUGCCCAGUUUCACCCACCAUCUGUGGUCACUUCUUUCAAACACUUCUGCAUUGGCCGAAUCAUUAACUUUAGUGGGUAGUUAUUUUCUGUGUCCACAUAUUAUUAUUAAUCAAUCGAGAUGUCUUCUAACGUGUGUCACCAAAGGAAAUAUAUUUUUUA